CGAAAUGCCCACUGUUACUGACGCUCGCGGACUUGGCUCACACUGCCUACUUCUCUUGGGUGGACCCUGCUGCCCUACCGAGACUAACUCCACCGGAGAAGUGGAUUUGCCAUCCGAAAAUGUCUCUCCCAGUCUUCCAAGAAGCUGCUGAACACCCCGCACAGCUGAAGUUCCUCUCUGCGUUGUUUUACGCCGGCAGCUCGUUUCUUAUCACGGUGGUGAAUAAAACCGUGCUGACCACUUUCAGGUAGGCGACUAUAUGCAACUAUACGAUGACAAUGGAUCAGGCUUAUGUAACUCUAACUUAGAAAACAUGGACUCACAUUAAAGGGUUCCUUCUUACUCUUGCAGGUUUCCCUCCUACAUGUGUCUAGGAAUUGGACAGGUAAGUUUGGACGGCUCACCUGUCCACCUGUUCUCGGAUCUGUCUCUGCUGUGACUCCUACUCUCUAAUUCUGGGUUCAUUUCAGAUGGCUACCACUCUUAUUGUGCUGUACGCUGCCAAAGUGAGUAAAACGGUCCACUUUCAAGAUUUCGACAGAGGUAUUAUCUUAAAAGUGAGUAUUUCUUUUAAUUUCUCAACAACUUCAAGAACUUUUACACCAGACUUUAUUCCUCUAACUAUUGCCCAUCCUUGUUUUCAUUCCAGAUUUUCCCCCUGCCUCUGCUGUAUGUUGGGAACCAUAUAACAGGACUGGCCAGCACCAAAAAACUCAGGUUUUUCAUUUUAGCAGUCUCUUAACAUAGCUACAGGAUUUUUCUCCCUGUAGUUACACAGUGCUCAAAUAUGUUGUCUUUUACAGUUUACCUAUGUUUACAGUAUUGCGGAAAUUUACCAUAUUGAUGACAAUGGUCUUGGAAAUAUAUAUACUAAGGUAGGAAAUACCUCUGUUUUUGAUAUUCUGAUUGCGCUCAACAGAUCUACAACAGAACUGGUUAAUAACCACAUUGCAUUAGCUGUAAUGGAGGCUAGAUAAGACAUGUAGCUAUCUUACCAUAUGUUUUUGUACCCCUCUUUCAGGAAAACAUUUCCAAAACACCUCCUGUAUAGUGUUGGGGCUAUAGUCUUUGGUGCCAUCGUUGCUGCAAGGUAUGGACUUUUCAGUAGCUUACAGUAAUGGGAGUAGCUUUGAGGUUGCUUAAGAUCUGAUUCAUAUACUGACAAAAAAAAACAGCACUUCCCCUCUGUUUUGCAUGUCACUCAGCUCUGACCUGGCAUUUGAUGUGCAAGCAUACACUUUAAUCCUGCUUAAUGAUGCCUUCACUGCUGCAACCAGUGUGUACACUAAGAAGAAAGUUGGCACUGAGGUGAGUUUUCCUAAGCAAGCUGUAGACUUGACUGUGUUGUAUUUUACUGGCAGUAGUGCCUUUUGUGUUUUUAGCACAGUCCAGUGUCAACCAAAUGAAAGAGAUCAUAGCUAACUAGCCGCUUUGCCAAACAGAGAAGUUUAAACUGUUUAAAAGUUAGAAAAACAAUCAAUGAAUUUAUAUUCAAUGUUUGUUUUCACCAUUACGACAUCAUUACGACUUUUUGUUUUGUUAGCCCGACCUUUAAAAGACAGGAUCCCAGUCACGCCCAGACAAACCAAACAUACACAAUUAUAAAAAGCAGCAGCAGCAGCACAUUCUCAACCAUAUACUCUAUCUUGAUAAGAGUUUAAAUACCAAUAUAUGCUGCUUUAUUUGGCUAUUAAAUUUUGAUGUAAGAAUUAUUCGCAAGCUCAAAUAUUGACAUGUAAGAAAGGUGGAUGCUUCAUGUCUAAUAUUUUUCUGUUUUUGUGAAGGACCUCGGAAAACAUGGUGUCCUAUUUUACAAUGCGCUCAUUAUUAUCAUCCCCACCCUGAUGGCAAGUGUGUUAACUGGAGAUUUACAUGAGGUACAUGUAUUAACUUUGUUACACUCUGUGUGCUUGCGUGCCCAAAACUUCCCUACUUUUACUACCUCAUGUAUUUUGGUCUACAGGCAGUCACAUUUGAGGACUGGGUUGAAGCUACAUUUAUUUUCUGCUUCCUAGUGUCCUGCCUCAUGGGGUAUGUACUUUUCAUUUGUGCAGUCUUUUUAUGAAUACCAGACCGACUUCAUUUUACAGACUCAGUUUUGUUUCUUCAGGUUUGUGCUGAUGUAUUCCAUAGUCCUGUGCAGCUAUUACAACUCAGCACUUACUACCGCAGUUGUGGGAGCCAUAAAAGUAAGACUACACUGAUAAGAAAACUAUUUGUCAACUCAAAUGAUAAAAACAUGAUUAAGUGAUAUCUUUGUGUAUUGUGGAUGACUUUGCAUUAUUCAGAAUUCUUUGAAAAUGUCAUUAUCUGUAGCUAGAUCUGCAUUGUGCACUAGUUAAAGUCCAUGCAAGUUUUUUUUACAUGUAGUGCCAAGAGAACACUAAAAAAGUGUGCACUAACAAAAUGUUUUCAUGAUAUUACUAAUCCAGUUUCUACAGCUGCCACUAACUUACAAAACGACUUAAAUUUUCUCAAGAAUGUUGCAGUGGCCUAUAUUGGCAUCUUGGUUGGAGGAGACUAUCUGUUUUCUUGGACCAACUUCAUAGGUCUCAGCAUUUGGUAAGAGUACAUUUCCCUUUCUCCAUUUUCUUAGAUAAAUCUUAAUUUGAUUCUUUAAGCAACGUAGUGGUAACACGACUUUUUAUAUUCAGAACACCUGAAAAGUUGGGAUUUAUCGCAGUUAUGUAAUUGUUUUAAAGUUAUAUGUAUUUUGAUAAUUAUUUCCCAUGUCCUUAUGAUUCCUUAAUUGUUCUUAUUCUGCUUUGCAGUAUGUCUGGUGGACUAAUGUACUCGUACCACACUUUUAAUAUCAAAUCAACUGGGGUUAACGCUGAAGGAGCACAGGAGACGAAGAUUCACAUAUCAGAAGACUCACAAGCGAGGUUCAUCACAAACUAAAGGACAAUGUCAUGGUAUCUGCCACUAGGUGGCAUCAUUCUGCUUCAUAUUGGAGCUUGAUAUACUCAGCUUUUCUUAAGUUAAUUUAAAAUAGUUUUAUUCAAUAUUUCCAAAAUAAAUCACAAGUUUGCAAAAAGAAAAAAAGAGUGAAUAAAAGCCCAUAUUGACUGUAA